ACCAUCGAGUUCAACAAGUGUCGUGCAAAAUAUCCGCCAUUGCAACCCGCAGUUCACUAGGAAAGCACAGUCGUCCGUGUGCGUAGUUUGACGAGGAAUUGUUUAUUUUUCCUACUUUUUUCCUGGAUUUCUUCCAAAUUUUAACAUAGCGGUGCUCAGAUAGAUAAAUCAUGGAUUUGUUCGCUGGCUUGAAGAGUUUCUUCAGAACUGAUGCAACAGCCAUCGACAACAAUGUCUUCCGACUUCACUACAAGGUAACUGCUGUGAUCCUCAUCGCCUUCAGUAUUCUUGUGACGGGAAGGCAGUACAUCGGAGAUCCCAUUGAUUGCAUAUCAAAAGAUGAUAUUCCUACGAACUUACUGGACACGUUUUGUUGGAUACAUACAACUUUCAGUUUACCGGAUGCGUGGUACAAAAAAGUGGGAGAAGAGGUUCCAUACCCUGGAGUAGAUAAAUAUACACCUGGUGAGAAACGUGUGUACCAUGCCUACUAUCAGUGGGUGUGUUUUGUUUUGUUCCUACAAGCCAUCUUGUUCUACGUCCCAAGAUAUUUCUGGAAAGCAAUGGAAGGAGGUCGAAUCAAAAAUCUGAUCUUGGGACUCAAUUCUCCUAUUUUACCAGAAGAAACCAAGACCUCCAAUCGGAAGCUGCUUGUCGAAUACAUGGUAUCGAACAUGAAUAACCACAGCAUGUACUUCGUCUGGUUUGUAAUGGCUGAAAUGAUGAAUUUCAUCAACGUCGUUGGUCAGAUUUUCCUUAUGGAUGCCUUCCUUGGCGGAGAAUUCUCCACUUAUGGUUCCAAGGUUCUGCAGUUCACCAACUGGGAUUGGUCAGUUCGAUACGAUCCAAUGAUUAAAGUCUUCCCUCGAUUGACCAAAUGUACCUUCCAUAAAUAUGGUUCCUCCGGCGAUGUGCAGCGACACGAUGCCAUGUGUAUCCUGCCCAUCAAUAUCAUCAACGAAAAAAUCUACGUCUUCCUGUGGUUCUGGUUUAUCAUCCUUGCCAUUCUCUCUGGAUUGGCCCUUGUGUACAGGGGUUUUAUCAUCUUCUUCCCCAAGUCCAGGUUCAUGGUCACCCGAUCCCGAGCUCGUCUUUCCAAUCAGGAUUACCUGGAAUCCAUCAUCAACAAGUGCAAGCUCGGCGACUGGCUUUUGCUGGAUUUGCUGUCCAAGAAUCUUGAUCCCUUGAAUUUCAGAGAUGUUGUCAAUGACUUUGCAAGGAAACUCGACGGGAAAAGUUUGGAUAACAUAUAAGUGUAUUGUAACCAGCUAUUUUUUUUUAAUGUCGAAGCGUUUCAGUAAAUUAAAUAUCUGGCCAUCCCUAAUGGAAGAGUCCAUAGUUGCCCGAUUUCUGUGGGCCGUUCUCACAGUAUCAUUCAUCAAUCAAUGCUGCCACAAUCAUUUUGUGCCUUUGUUGUCGAACUAAUAUUUUAUAUUUAGAAAGCAUCUGAAGCUCAAAUUAUUUUUUAUAUUUGACCUAUACAAUGACUUUAAAAAAUUCAUUCCAUUUUUUAAAUGAUUCAUAAAUACCUGUUGAUACCAUUUAAUAUAAAAAGAUAGUUGCAAGCAAUUACCGUGCAAUAUUACGAGUGCCCUAUUUUCUGAGGGAGUGAUAUUAAUUUAUUUUGAAUCGUUUUAUGGUAAAAUUAAAUGAACGGAGAUUUUCGAGUUAAAAUUUUGCUUUGGUAAAAAUAUUGUUUAAUUUAAUAGUGUGUGUCUGCGUGUUUUCUUGUGCUAUUAUUUUUCUUAAUUAAAAGUUCAUUUGUGUGUUAAUAUAUUUAAAUCUUACUAAAUUAUCAGAUUUUUAAUUCUUUUAAAUUAGUGUUUUAAGCAAUAUUGACAAUCCUAGAUCAUAUAAUUUAAAUCAAAUUCCCCAGUGUUGAUACAUGGACAAUUUCUCAACCAUCGCUUCGUGUAUCGUUCCUAUACUUGUAUUUUAAGAUGAGUCCUUUGUGAUUUUUAGAUGUUUGAAUAUUUUACUGCCAUGUGUGCUUCAUUCAAGUGCCUUUUGAAUUUCAUAAUGUAAUUUACAUAAGUCAUCUUAUAUGCUAUUCUGCAUUUACUCAUUCAUUUGUAUUAAGAUAUAUCUCAUAUCCAUGUGUAUUUGUAUUAAGUAUUUACAACGAAACAGCUGGUUAUGAUUAUGAAAAGGGUCCAAUAUAUAAAAUUCCUUAUUGUUUUUAGGGUUCCAUUUCUUUUUAGUGUGUUAUGUAACUGUUCUGAUUUUUGUUGUAAAUAUCCAACCGAGCAGCAAUAAAGGAGAAAUCACUUUGACCAUGUGAUAAUGUAAAGUGAUGUGUAUCUGUAUGCUACAGAUAUGAAGCGUGCCUUCUUUCUCUACCAUUAUUUUUAACUACAUAGCAGUAGACUGGAUAUCUUUCUAUGUUUUAUAUUUAUCUAUUUUGAGUGCCACAGUGACAGCAAGCUAGAUAAAGCUUGAUUUUUUGGAAUAUCAAUGCUGUUUGGAAAAAUAAAGUCUGAUAAUUUUUUUGA